UCACAUGGUACACACUGGAUGAGGCAUUGAAGUUACCCACCCAGUUACUUCCUUAGUACUCAUUCCCGUGUGGUCACGGCAGCCAUGUGACACCAUAGGUCCUUCUGCUGGAAAGGAAGAAGCUGCUACACUAUCGGGGAAGCCUGUGUGUGUAGUAUGAAGCAGCAGGCUCUGGGGAGGGAGCUGGAUGUGUGUUUGUGAGGCAGAGGGAGCCUCUAUAUAGCUGUAUAUAAGGCUCCUGUUACUAUGAAGAUCACGUACAAUACACGUCACUGUGUUUGUCAGUAAAGGAGAAACAUUAUAAGAAUAUCUGACAAAUUAAUUUGCCGAACAAGACAAUGUCUGGCAAGACAGAGAACCAAAUCUCAGAACUUCCUAAUGCACACAGAGGGCGUCUAGAGGAAAACCCGGGCACUGGGCUAUUAAAUGUGAAGGAAGAGGAUGAGACAGAUGACAUGAAUAGUCAUCAGACUGAAAUACAUUGGUCCCUCCCUGCCGAUGAAGAUAACGCUGAUAUAGUGAAAGUGGAGAUAACAGAAGAUUCGUGUGUGAGGUGUCAGGUGGAAGCCCCAGAUGAGGAGACCAGUGACAGUAUCAGCCCAUAUGAGGAUAACACUGAUAUAGUGAAAGUUGAGAUAACAGAAGAUCUGUUUACGUGUGAUCAGGUGAAGACUGAGGAGGAUGAAGUUCCUAUAAAUACGGCUACAGGUAGAUUCAGAAAUUGUGACCAUACUAGUCAUGGCCAGAGAACAGAUGUUUCUUUCAGUCUUUUUCAAAAUCGAAGAAAUCAUGUGGAAAAUGCAUGUUUUACCCAGAAAACAAGUCUUAUUACACAACAGACAAUUCAUACAGACAAGAAAGCAUUUUCAUGUUCUGAAUGUGGGAAAUAUUUUACUCAGAAAUCAUAUCUUAUUACUCAUCAGAAGAUUCAUACAGGAGAGAAAGCUUUUUCAUGUUCUCAGUGUGGAAAAUGUUUUACACAAAAAUCAAAUCUUGUUACUCAUCAGAAAAUCCAUACAGGAGACAAAGCUUUUUCCUGUCCUCAGUGUGGAAAAUGUUUUCCUCUGAAAUCGCAUCUUAUUGUACAUCAGACAAUUCAUACGGGAGAGAAACCAUUUUCAUGCUCUGUAUGUGGGAAAUGUUUCACUCAGAAAUCAAAUGUUAUUACUCACAAGAAAAUUCAUACAGGACAGGAAAAAAUUCCAUGUUCAGAGUGUGGGAAAUGUUUUACUCGACGAUCACAUCUUAUUAGACAUCAAGCAAGUCAUACAGGAGAAAAGCCAUUUUCAUGUUUUGAAUGUGGGAAAUGUUUUAGUAGCAAAUCACAUCUUAUUACUCAUCAGAAAAUCCAUUUAGGAGAGAAAGCAUUUUCAUGUUCUGAAUGUGGGAAAUGUUUUAUUCAGAAAUCGCAUCUUAUUACUCAUCAGAAACAUCAUUCAGGAGAGAAAGCAUUUUCAUGUUCUGAAUGUGAAAAAUGUUUUACUCGGAAAACAAAUCUUCUUAUUCAUCAGAAAAUUCAUACAGGAAAUCACCACCUACUACUACAGCCUUCUACUAAUGUAUUACCUGAACAGUACCAAGAUUUCCAUGAUGUGUUCAGUAUAAAGGAAGCUGAAAGCCUGCCUCCCCAUCGUCCUUAUGAUUGCCCUAUCGACCUAUUACCCGGCUCUAGUGUUCCUUACGGGCAUGUCUACUCCUUGUCCGAACCAGAACUCGCUCAACUCAAGACCUACAUAGAUGAUAAUCUACGCAAGGGAUUUAUAAGACCGUCUACCUCUCCAGCUGGGGCUGGAUUCACAUGGGACUCUGAAGCUCAGCAUGCCUUUGACGAACUUAAAAAUGCCUUCACCUCUGAGCCUAUACUUAAAUUACCUGACCCUACUCUACAGUACAUAUUAGAGGUAGAUGCCUCUGAUUACGCAAUUGCUGUCAACCUGUUUGUUAAAAAAAUGGAGAAAGAGAUUGAAAAUCUAACACCACGACAGGAGAGUGAUAACUUGGAGCCUAGAGAGAGGAAGGCUUUAAAAGAACUGAUGUUGGCUAGAGGUCUGGUGAUGAAGCCCGCUGAUAAGGGGGGGAAUCUGGUAAUUCUUGAUGAACAUUUGUAUGUUAAUGAAGUUAAACGCCAACUUCAUGACAAGAACCAAUAUGAAAAGCUAGGCAUUUUCUAUAUACUGCCGAAAUUGCAUAAAAAUAUGCAAUGUCCCCCAGGAAGACCGAUUGUUUCGGGGAUCGGCAGUAUAACGGAAAAAAUUGGGGAGUAUGUGGAUAAACAUCUGCGCCCCUUCCUUCUAACAUUACCAUCAUAUGUUAAGGAUACAACAGAUUUGUUAAAAAAAUUGGAUGGUGUGGUAGUGGGAGAAAAAAACAUUUUAGCUUCCUUAGAUGUGGAGAGCCUUUACUCUUCCAUUCCCCAUAAUGUGGGCUUAAUAGCCAUCAAAAGAUUCCUUGAAACAAGGGGUCCAGCAUAUAUGGAACACACAGAAUUUAUGAUGGUGCUUCUGGAGUUUAUUCUAAAAAAUAAUGUUUUUUCUUUCGAUGGACAGGUGUUCCGCCAAAUACGUGGAACUGCAAUGGGGGCAGUAUGUGCCCCCACUUAUGCAUGUCUCCAUUUGGGGUCAUGGGAAUCUGAUAUUUUUGAACAACAUGUCGGCACUUUUGAUGAAAAGGUGCUGAUGUGGGUUAGAUAUGUGGACGAUGUUCUAGUCUUGUGGGAUGGAACAGUAGAGGAAUUCAAUAUCUUUGUUUCCACACUGAACCACAAUGACAGGAACAUCUUCCUCACAUCAGAAACAAGUGAAAGGGAAUUGAAUUUCCUAGACAUAACCCUGAAAAAAGAAGGUUUGAGAAUAGUGACUGAGAAUUAUCGAAAGAAAAAUGCCACUAAUAGUAUUCUCCAUGCUAAUAGUAGCCAUCCUAAUCAUUUGAAAAGAGGAAUACCAUAUGGGCAGUUCCUUCGCCUAAGAAGGAACUGCUCUUCACUUUCAAAAUUUGACAUUCAUGCUCAGCAAAUGAAGGAGAGAUUCCUUCAAAGGGGAUAUUCAAACAAAUGUCUUAAGAAAUCCCUUUGGAAGGCUAGAAAAAUGUCGAGGGAUGAUUUAUUGUAUGGAGAAAAGAUAAAAACUGAGGGAAAUCAGAUUAGAUUUAUCUCAAUGUAUAAUGAUCAAUGGAACAAUAUUAGAUUGGCUAUGAAAAGGAAUUGGCACAUUCUCACCUUGGAUGAGAAAGUGAGACAGGCUAUAGGAGAUAUACCUCAAAUGGCAGCCAGAAAGGCACAGAGCCUACGAGAUAAGCUGGUAAAAAGUCAGUUUGUCAGAGGACCUUCUGAUGCUGACUGGCUACGAAAGGAUAAGGGAAUAAAAGGAUACAAUAAAAAUGUAAUCUUAAAGGCCCAACAGGAGGUUGAUGGAAUAAGUAGAGAAACCCUGCUUAGAGACAGACCAAAGGGCAACAAUACUAACAAACGAUUUAACAAGGUCAAUUUUGUCACACAAUUCUCAUCUGACUACUAUCAGAUUUUCAACAUUGUAAGGAAACAUUUCCCUAUGCUGUUAGCAGAUGACGGUCUUCAACAUAUAGUCAAACAGGGAUGUAAUUUUUCCUAUCGCAGGGGUACUACGGUUGGCAAUGUCCUCUCACCAAGUGAACUAAAAAGCACCAAACCAACUAGUUCAUGGUUACAACAUCAGACUCAGUCACUAACAAAGAACAAGAUGAACAAAUACAGGAAGCAGAUAGCAGAGCAGUUCCUGAGUCAGGCCCUGGGCAUCAUCUGCCUGCUGACCGGAGAGGAAUACACCAUUGUGAAGAAGAGGCCCUCCCACAGCAGCGUUCAACAGCUGAGUGGAGAGGUGCCUAUAAAGUGUGAUGAUGUUGCCGUGUAUUUCUCUAUGGAGGAGUGGGAGUAUAUAGAGGGACACAAGGAGCUUUACAAGGACGUCAUGAUGGAGACUCACCAAGCACUAAGGACUAUGGAGAUCCCAGGAAAUGAGAGCUCAGAACAAACAGACCACAUUGAUGAAAAUCUAGACACAGAAGCACAUGGAAAACUAGUACAGAAUAUUCAGCCAGUGGAGACCCCAUUAGAUAUCUCUGCAGAACUAACGGGUCACAGUGAUGAAAAUCUAGACACAGGAUCACAUGCAGAACUUGUACAGAAUAUUCAGCCAUCAGAUGUCUCUGCAGAUGACAUUAAUACUGACGUAGAUGUAAAAACAGAAGAUCUGAAGGUAACGUGUCAGCUGGAAGCUUUAAUACAGGAAACGUGUGAAAGUGACAUUGAAGGUAGAUUCAGAAAUUGUGAACAUCCUAGUCAUGGCCAGAGAGCAGAUGUUUCUUUCAGUCAAAAUCGAAGAAAUCAUGUGGAAAAUGCAUGUUUUACCCAGAAAACAAGUCUUAUUACACAACAGACAAGUCAUACAGACAAGAAAGCAUUUUCGUGUUCUGAAUGUGGGAAAUGUUUUACACAAAAAUCAAAUCUUGUUACUCAUCAGAAAAUCCAUACAGGAGUCAAAGCUUUUUCCUGUCCUCAGUGUGGAAAAUGUUUUCCUCUGAAAUCGCAUCUUAUUGUACAUCAGACAAUUCAUACGGGAGAGAAACCAUUUUCAUGCUCUGUAUGUGGGAAAUGUUUUACUCAGAAAUCAAAUGUUAUUACUCAUCAGAAAAUUCAUACAGGACAGGAAAAAAAUCCAUGUUCAGAGUGUGGGAAAUGUUUUACUCGACGAUCACAUCUUAUUAGACAUCAAGCAAGUCAUACAGGAGAAAAGCCAUUUUCAUGUUCUGAAUGUGGGAAAGGUUUUAGUAGCAAAUCACAUCUAAUUACUCAUCAGAAAAUCCAUUUAGGAGAGAAAGCAUUUUCAUGUUCUGAAUGUGGGAAAUGUUUUAUUCAGAAAUCGCAUCUUAUUACUCAUCAGAAACAACAUUCAGGAGAGAAAGCAUUUUCAUGUUCUGAAUGUGAAAAAUGUUUUACUCGGAAAACGAAUCUUCUUCUUCAUCAGAAAAUUCAUACAGGAAAUUAAUAAAUUUAGUCUAUAGAAUGCGAGUGUUUGGAACCAUGUAUAUACCAGAGACCCCUUGUAAGGGCUAUCACUCUGACUGUUGAGCCCAGUAAGUUUGAAGGAGUUACCCCUUCUUUUAGGGAGCAUAGCUCAAAUAGGAUUGCUUUUAGAUGAGAAAAAACAAUGUUAGAUUCAAUAGAUGGUAGUCACUUGGGAUGUGCAUUCAGAUCCUUAUGAGGUUCCCAAUACGGAAGUAGGCAGCCGUCCAUACCGUUAAAACUGUUCAGGACCAGAUUGAUUCUAGUAAGAGAUCAUCACACUAAGAUCGGUGCAAAUCCAGAACUUAGUGUGGUGAUCUUUCAUACAAAUCAAUCUAGCUAUGAAAAGUAAACGGUUGCCUACUUCCCUAUUUGGCUCCUCACAAAGGAUCUGAAUGCACAUCUCUAGUAGCCACUGUUAAUCAAGCUAAUCAAGUGCAAGUUGACGGCUGUCUCCAUGCUGUUGAUUGUUAACUGUGUCUUGUGGCUUCUCAUAUAUGUUUCAGCAUUAUCACUGGUUUAAAUGAGUAGUUUCUAGUAAAUAUGCUUGAAUUAUCUGAUCUGGCUGGUAUUUGCAGCUCUGAACUACAUGCCCUGCCUACUAAAGUGGUUAUGAGGAUUAGUAAUUUUUUCCUGCUUAAAGGGACAGUCAAAAUUAAACUUUCAUGUUUCACAUAAAGCAUGCAUUGUUAAACAAUUUUUCAAUUUACUUCUAUUAUCUAAUUUGCUUUGCUCUUUUUGUAUCCUUAGCCUCAGGAGCAGCUGGGAGCGUGCUUCUUAUUGGUGGCUGCACAUAUAUACCUCUUGUCAUUGGCUCACCACAUGUGUUCAGCUAGCUCACAGUAGUGCAUUGCUUCUCCUUUAACCAAGAUACCAGGAGAAUAAGCAGAUUUUAUGUUAGAAGUGAAAUGGAAAGUUGUUUAAAAUGACAUGCUGUAUCUGAAUCAUGAAAGAAAAUUUUGGGGUUUCAUUUCCCUUUUAACCUUGGUCUUUUUAAGGGUUUCCAAGGCCAACUGUCACUUCAUUACUAUAGAUCAGAUUUUUUAUUACUCUGUUAAUCUGUUUUGCUUGUUUCAUUUGUUAAAACGUGAUGUGAGCAAUAUUUUUGACUCAUUUCGAAAUAAAAAAAAUCAAUGUUAACAUGGAGAGCAGGUCUUCCACCAUCUCUCUAUCUCUCCACCACAUCUUCCUCUUUACUCUGUUCCUACCCGCCAUUUCCUUCCCCACUCAUAAAUACCACAGCCUUAUUCAUACACAACCCUAACCUCAAUUCCUCCCUUUCUAACUCCCUCUCCUUGCUCAACGCCGUAUUUCUCCUUUUGUUAACCGUCAUGUAUUAACAUUCACCUAGCCCUCAACGGCCGAUUACCCCCUUAUCUUUUGAUACUCUCUUAUAACAGGAGAAAAUUAACAUUUCACAUUUAUAGAAGCCAUGAACAAUUUUAUUUGUUUGUUACAUAUGAUUGUUAAUGUUAUCUAUAGUUUAACUGCAAAAAGAACAAAGAAAUUAGACAAGAAAGAAGACAAAUCUCAACAUCUGCAAUAUAGUUUAUUGGUCCAACAUCGGACAAACGGGACUUAUGUAGGUACAGAUAUGUAUAAGUUACGAUUUAAGAAACUGUCAUCUCAAUAUACCCCUCUCAUGAGAUUUGUAUUAUAUAACCAUUGCUGAUAUCUUGAUUCAUGUCUUGCAAAAAAAGAUUAAUAAAAAAAAUCAAUGUUAAACCUCAUAGAA